UCCCUGAUACAGAAAGUUUUUCCCACAUCACCAGCUCUGCAGCUCUGAACUGAAGGAGCAUUUGACAAAAUCAAGAGCCACCAUGAAUUCAACCCCAGUGACACAGACAGAUGUUGAAAAUAAGAACAACACUACGAGUUCAACAUCUUGCAGCAAUGCAAUGUGUAUUUUUUAUGUAGCAACUGAAAUGAUCAUCUUCAUCCUGGGUUUGGCUGGAAAUGGUUUGGUGAUCUGGAUUGCAGGAUUUAAGGUGAAGAAGUCAGUCGUCAGCACCUGGUACCUGAGCCUGGCAGUGGCUGACUUCAUAUUCUGCUCCACUCUGCCCUUCGUUGUGGUAUAUACAAUCAGUAAAGACUGGACCUUUGGGGGAUUCAUGUGCAAGUUCAAUUCCUUCAUGAUGUCGCUCAACAUGUACAGCAGCAUCUUCCUCCUCGUCAUCAUCAGUGUGGACCGCUGUGUGCUUGUUAUGUUUCCUGUGUGGGCUCAGAACAAGCGCACCACAAGAAAGGCUUCAGUGACAGUCAUCUUAGCUUGGAUCAUUGCAGCAACAUUUAGUGCACCAUCUGCUGCUUUUCGCGACAUUCGUUAUGAUAAUAACAGCCAGAAAACAAUUUGUAGCAAUAAUAUGGAACACUACGCUGCUAUCAUAGCCUGUCAAUUUGUUUUUUUAUUUAUGGUCCCAUUCGUGAUCAUUAUCAUUUGUUAUAUUUUCAUCAUUGGAAAGCUGAAGUCCAACCAGACAGUAAAUUCCAAAAAGCCUGUUAAGAUCAUGACGGUGCUGAUUGUCACUUUCUUGAUCUGCUGGCUGCCAUGUCAAACACUUUCUUUGAUGGGAUUAUUCAUGCCACCUAAUUAUCCUUUGGUCAUUGCAUAUGUAUUUAGUCUCAUUCUUGCCCAUGCCAACAGCUGUCUGAACCCAUUUCUUUAUGCAUUCAUGGGAAAAGACAUUAAGGAGCACUGUUAUGCUCUUUGGUCAAAAAUUGAGAAUUCAUUCAAAGAGGAGGAGGAUCAGAACACUGUCCAAGGAACAGAUACCUCAAGCAGUUUACCCAGAGCAAUCACCCUUUUCCAGUUUGUGCACCACAAUUAAUUCUUUUAAACAGAAAACAUAUGUUAGAUUGCCAUUGCAUCAGCAAUAUGAAAUAUGAAAAAUUUAAAAAAUGAAAGAAAAAAAAAACCUUGCAAAAAACUUCAUAUUUUAACUCAUGCAAUUUUAUGUAAGGGGCGUAGCUUAGCUUAGCUUAACAUAUAGCCUGCUCUAUGUGGCUAAAUUUGUGAUCUAUUGUAAAAGUUACAUUUACCACUCAUCACUUGAACAUUCAUUAAAAAUAUUUUUUCAUUUUUCAGCACCAGAGUUCAUCAUUACACUUACGUUAAGAAAAUUGCACUUCUGAUAUUAAAUGCCGUAUAAUUUUAAUUUCCAUAUGAUCUAAUUUUUAACAGGGUGACGACUAGGGGUGAUAUGAUGUCUGGAACUCGUUACCUGUGUAAUUGUCUUCAUAUAUGCCGUUUCGUUUAACCCCAACCUUAGAGAGGAAAGCGAGGAUUUCUUUAUGUGGCCAAGUAAAGAACUUUCAAGUUUCAGCCUGACGAAGUUAGUUAAUUUAGAGUAGCUAAAAUUUUGUCAAAGUUUGACUGCACCCACUCCAGCCAGUGAGGCGAGGUAGUCCCACGGCACCAAGGAUCAAGCCUUCCUCCGAGCAUCACCCCCAACCUGCAGGCAGGUUGCCAACGGAGGGCCACCUCGUCGCCAGCUCCACUCUGUUAGGCCAAGGAGAAACCUCAGGCCGCAAGUCUUACUUCACGCCACACUCUGAUCACCUCUGAUCUGGUUUGUUUCUUUUCCUUUUUAUUAAUCAAAAGUUAUCCAAGUGUAGUAACACAUUUAGUCAAUAAAAUACCUUUUGGUUCAAGCAUC